UAAUGGAGAAUGUGACUCUGUAACUCUCUGUGUGUGCGUGUAACUGUAUGUUCUGCGUAUUGUGUUGGUGAUAAAAGAAGCCUUCAAAGGCAAACACCACCCACCCACCUACAAAUAGCAUAUCUGAGACUGUGAAAAACCCAAUCCUCCAUUAAUCUUCUACAUCUUCAAACGAGCCUCCAGAAGAUCUUUUCAUCGUAUAUAGUUAAUGCUAGCUGCUGGUUUUUCUCUUGGAUUUUGAUGUGAUGGCGGCGAAGACGACGACGAUGGAGGGUGCAUUGUCAUUUUCGGUGGCGGAUGUGGUCGAGGAUGUACUCCAGCAGCACGGGAACCGCCACAACAGUGGUCUUGAUCUCGAGUCUAGAAAAGCUAAGGAAGCAGCGUCGAGAAGAAAAGAAGCGGCGGGGUGGCUGAGAAAGAUGGUAGGAGUAGUCGCGGCGAAGGAUUUGCCAGCGGAGCCUUCGGAGGAAGAGUUCAGGCUUGGAUUGAGAAGUGGGAUUAUUCUGUGCAAUGCUCUCAAUAAGGUUCACCCUGGAGCUGUACCCAAGGUGGUGGAGAGUCCAUGUGAUUCUGCUCUGGUUCCUGAUGGAGCGGCAUUGUCGGCUUUUCAGUACUUUGAGAAUGUGAGAAAUUUCCUCGUGGCUGUGCAGGAAAUGGGAAUUCCUACCUUCGAGGCAUCUGAUCUGGAACAAGGUGGAAAAUCUGCAAGAGUAGUGAAUUGUGUUCUGGCGCUUAAAUCAUACAGCGAAUGGAAACAGACUGGGGGAAAUGGGGUAUGGAAAUUUGGUGGAAGUGUGAAACCCACCGUGUCAGCCAAAUCUUUUAUUAGGAAAAAUUCGGAGCCUUUCACAAAUUCCUUGUCAAGGAACUUCUCAAUGGGUGAGAAAUCUUUGAAUGCGCUGUCCUUCGACAUUGAGUCUAAUAAAAUGCCUACUAAUUGUUCAUUGAGUAUGCUUGUUCGUGCGGUUCUGCUAGAUAAGAAGCCUGAAGAAGUUCCAAUGUUGGUGGAAUCUGUGCUAAGUAAAGUUGUGGAGGAGUUUGAGCAUCGUAUUGCAAGCCAAUUGGAGCUGAUGAAAACAACUCCAAAAGAUAUGGCCCUUUCUCAUGGCAACAGAUUGAAAUUUGCUUCAGGUGAUAAGAAGACUGAAGACAAAAAUGAAAAGGUGAGUGAGAAAGAGGAAUUCAUCCAAAAAACAUAUGUUUCUGAUGAGAAAUCAAAAGGGCGACUCUUGAAACAACAAAUGGCCUUUGAUCAACAGCAAAGAGACCUUCAAGAACUAAAGCAUACUCUUCACACUACAAAAGCUGGUAUGCAGUUUAUGCAGAUGAAGUUUCAUGAAGAGCUGAACAAUCUUGGUAUGCACAUUCAUGGUCUAGCUCAUGCUGCUUCUGGGUUCCAUAGAGUUCUUGAGGAAAAUCGCAAGCUAUACAAUCAAGUGCAGGAUCUCAAGGGAAGUAUUAGGGUUUACUGUCGAGUGAGACCCUUCUUGUCAGGACAAUCCAAUCAUUUCAGCAUCGUAGAUUAUACAGAAGAUGAAAUUAUCACCAUCAGUACUCCAUUGAAGCAUGGGAAAGGCCGGUCUUUCAGCUUCAAUAAGGUCUUUGGGCCAUCUGCAACCCAAGCGGAGGUCUUCUCUGAUAUGCAGCCUUUGAUUCGGUCUGUUCUUGAUGGUUUUAAUGUUUGCAUAUUUGCAUAUGGCCAAACGGGAUCUGGAAAAACUUACACCAUGACUGGACCCAGAGAGCUUACAGAGAAAAGCCAAGGAGUAAAUUAUAGGGCUUUGAGUGAUUUGUUUCAUUUAGCAAAGCAAAGAGAGGAAACUUUCUGCUAUGAUGUUUCUGUUCAGAUGAUUGAGAUUUAUAAUGAGCAAGUCAGGGAUCUCCUCAUUACUGAUGGAACAAACAAAAGAUUAGAAAUUCGUAAUAAUUCUCAUAACGGACUUAAUGUACCAGAUGCAAACCUUAUGCCAGUGUCAUCAACGUCUGAUGUUAUUGAUCUGAUGAACCUUGGACAAAGGAAUCGUGCAGUGGGUGCAACGGCCCUAAAUGAUCGUAGUAGUCGCUCUCAUAGUUGUUUGACUGUUCAUGUCCAAGGAAGAGACUUGACAUCCGGAACUCUUCUCCGGGGUUGUAUGCAUCUGGUUGAUCUGGCAGGAAGUGAGAGGGUAAACAAAUCUGAAGUGACAGGAGAUAGGCUCAAAGAAGCACAGCAUAUAAACAGAUCUCUGUCAGCUUUGGGUGAUGUAAUAUCUUCUCUUGCCCAAAAGAAUCCGCAUGUUCCUUAUAGAAAUAGCAAACUCACACAACUGCUCCAAGAUUCACUUGGAGGGCAGGCCAAGACACUGAUGUUUGUUCACAUAAGCCCUGAGCCUGAUGCUAUUGGAGAAACUAUCAGUACACUUAAAUUUGCAGAGAGAGUUGCCACAGUCGAGCUUGGUGCUGCCAGAGUAAACAAAGAUAAUGCAGAUGUCAAGGAGCUCAAAGAACAGAUUGCCAGUCUUAAGGCAGCGCUGGCCAGGAAAGGGGAGCCGGAGCACAUGCAAACUUCGGUUUCUCGAAGCUCUGAAAAAUACAGGAUGAAACCUAGUGGGUUAUCUCCAUUUCAAUCUAAAAAGAAGGAUGCAGGUUUUUUGGGAGAUCAAAAUAGCUGUCGGCAACCAAUGGGUGAUGUUGGCAACAAUAUUGAGGUCCUUAGGAAAUCUGCCUCGAGGCAAAAGACGCAAAGUUUUGAUCUUGAUGAGCUAUUAGUGAAUUCUCCUCCCUGGCUUCCGGUGGGUAGUAAUGGCCGGAACUAUGGAGAAGAUGACAGAGAAAUGGGAUCGGGUGAGUGGGUUGAUAAAGUCAUGGUAAAUAAGCAUGAUGUAGGCAAAGUUGAAAACCCUUUUGGAAGUUGGGCAGAAGAUAAUGGGGACUUGACUGAUGUAUUUUACCAGAAAUAUCUCCCAGAUUCUUCCCAAAGUUACCCACAUCAAUCCAAUAAUAUGUUUAUGGGAGGCAACCAGUUCAAUGUCACUAGUAAUGAUGAAAUGGAUGAACAUGAUGCCACCACCAGUGAUUCUUCAGACCCAGACUUGCUUUGGCAAUUCAAUCAUACAAAACUUACCAGCAUGACGCAUGGAAUUGGGGCAAAACCCAAGAAAUCCAACCCAAAGCCAGAAAAUAGCCCAGAACUAAGCAAGAAUACCAAGGCUUCUCUAGGCCCUUCACCUUUAGGGAAACUAUCAAAUGGGGCGGGGGCUCAUCUGCAGUGGAGUGGGAGGCUGCAAUCUUCAAUGGAGACGAAACGCAAAGCUGGGAACAGAAAAUAGAAACUUGACACUGGUUAUUUCCGAUGCUUUUCUUUCUUUCUUUCUUUCUUCCUUCAUUUUUUUCCAUUUCUUUGAAUUUGUUGUGUGGAGAGAGAGAGAGAGAGAGAGAGAGGUCUUACUAUAUAGUCUUAAUUUUUAAUUUUUAUUUUGUUAUAAUCGUAAAUAGUUAAAUGCAGCAAUAAUUCCAGAUGUUUGUAAUUCUUCACAGACGAGUUUAUUAAUCACUGAUGUUUUU